CAGCUGGGCAGCGGGAGGACACGGCAUCAUGGCGGCCUCCAGUCUGCGCGUGCAGUGCGUCUUACGGAGAGCGACGGUCCCGUCUUUAGUCGUGAUCCUGGGAGCUACCGGUACCGGGAAGUCCAAGCUGGCAAUCGAGAUCGGAAAGCGACUUCAGGGAGAAAUAAUCAGCGCCGACUCCAUGCAGGUGUACAAGGGUCUGGACAUCAUCACAAAUAAGGUGACUGCCGAGGAGCGCGCCCAAUGCGCACACCACAUGUUGGACUUUGUGGACCCGUUGGUGCGGACCUACACCGUGGUGGACUUCAGGAACAAAGCGCUGGAGCUCGUCGGUGACAUGCACAGCAGAAACAAGCUGCCCAUCGUUGUUGGAGGAACAAACUAUUACAUCGAGUCUCUGCUGUGGAAGGUCCUGCUGGACACGGGGCAGGAGAACGAGGACUCGGGGGACGGAGCAGACGGAGGCCAAAGCAGGAAGAUGGAGCUGGAGAAACUGGGAGGAGAGGAGUUGCAUAAAAGGCUGGCUGAGGUGGACCCCAAAAUGGCCUCCAUGCUGCACCCAAAUGACAAGCGCAAGAUAGCCAGAAGUCUUCAGAUUCACAACGACACGGGUGUUCCUCACAGCCACUGGCUGGAGGAGCAGAGGCAGGGCGGCGACGGCCUGGGAGGGCCCCUGAGGUUCCCCGACCCCUGCAUCUUCUGGCUGCAUGCAGACAUGGCAGCUCUGGACCAGCGCUUGGACGCCCGUGUUGAUGAGAUGCUGGCUACAGGCCUGUUAGAGGAACUCCGGGAUUUCCAUCUCCGAUACAACCAACAGAAAGUCCAGGACGACAGCCAAGACUAUCAACACGGGAUUUUCCAGUCGAUCGGCUUUAAGGAGUUCCACGACUACCUGACGGCUCCGGAGAGCAGCAGCCAGCAGGAGAAAGACAAGCUGAGAGACAAAGGCGUAGAAGCUUUGAAGAUCGCCACAAAGCGCUACGCCCGCAAACAGAAUAAGUGGGUCUGCAACCGUUUCCUCAAACGACCAGGCGACAGCGUCCCGGCUGUGUACAGCCUGGAUGUGACUGACGUGUCCAGAUGGGAGGAGUCGGUGCUGAAGCCUGCACUGCAGAUCCUGGACAGUCUCAGCAAGGGUGAGGAGCCGGCUUUCCCCCCUAUCAGACUGCAGGGGCAGCGGAGAAACAAACGCAGCCACCACACCUGUGACGCGUGUGACAAAAUCAUAAUCGGAGACGUGGAGUGGUCAGCUCACCUGAAAUCCAAAAAGCAUCACUAUCAUGUAAGGAAGAAGAGGAAGUCCGAUCCAGGAAGUGACCCGCCCCAGAGCACCACUGCACAAGCUGCUCAUGAAGUACUGGACGGCACUGAAACCCCUCAGGCUUCUUCCAAAGAAUCGAGGACGGAGCACACAGACGUUCCUGGGAUACGAUGAAAGCUCUCCGAUUCACGUCUGCCUCAACUCAGGCUUCCAGAUCCUCUGAGCUCUUCUGACUCGCAUAUUUUGCGUCAUGUCGCCGUUUUUCAGAAUUCUACACGAUCUUGUAGAAUUGCGCACAAAGCAAAUCUUUAAAGAAAUCCGGUUUUGUUGCACGUUUAAUUCUUUUUUAUAUUUUGAAUAAGAACUGUUUAGUUCUAUAUUUUUUGAAGAAAAGGCCUCAUAGGAAGUGCUAUAAUAUUUAUUUAUUUUCUUAUUGCUGCAGUCGGUUUCCCGAUAAACUGCAUUUCAGGCUUUAACUUCAGUAAACUAAAGUUAUAUUAGGAGAUCAUUGUGAAACCUGUAGAGAAGUUAAAAUGUGCUACCAACAGCACUGAGCACAUUUCUACUAAUGUGCUAAUAGCUUAUCUAAUUUUUUGUUCAGGGCUUUCACAUUUUUGCUAGCUUUGAAAACGCGUAGCGCUCUUAGCUUGUCCUGAAAUAAUUUUGCCGGGUUAAAUUCUAAAUUGCUAGUAUUUUGGCUUUGGUUUUAUAUAAAUAAAAUUCAACUUCUGUUGGAAAUUUUGGUUAGCAACUGUAAAGAAUUCUGUUUUGCUAAUCCGCUCCACUGGUUUAGCAUUAGCUUCCACCAAAUACUGCGUCGGUGCAGCACUUUAGCCUUUAGCGGAGAUAAUAUUUAGGAUUUGUGCCUUAGGUUACCAAGACGCGACCGCUGAGAGGAGCAGCAAUCAGAGAAAAAGUUCUUGGUAACUGUAGGAGUUGUAAGAUAAAUAAAUAUGUUGGCAGGAAUCGUGUCAGUUGUACAUGGCAAAUAAUAUCUGUCUUGAUUUUAAAAAAGUGGGAAUAACGACGCUAUUGUUGGAUAAAAACCAGGGAGGACACAUGGCAAGAAGAAGGUGUUGGGCAAGAUCAGAGUUGACCUUUUUGACCUGCAUGUGUGACAUAAAACGAACAAUGCACAUCACCCUGCUGAAAACACCACACCCUCUGUCAAAUUCGGUGGUGGCAGCAUCAUGCUGUGGGCAUUAGUGUUUUAUUUUUAAUGUAUAAAGCCGCCUUUCUUCCACUUCACAGUUUUGCACUCCUUUGUGUUGCUCUGUCAAAUUCAACCAGGAUCGGAAUAAAAUGGUGUGGCUUAAAAAUC